AUGCGCCGCCCCGCCGCUUCCGCGCCAAAGCUAUGACCCUGAGCACGGAGAUGUCCGAUGCCUCUGGCCUCGCCGAGGAGACAGACAUCGACGUGGUGGGGGAGGGCGAGGACGACGACGACGAGGAAGAGGAGGAGGAGGAGGACGAGGGCGGCGGCGGCGGGCCCCGGCUGGCUGUCCCCGCGCCGCGGAGGCGGCGACGGCGGCGGCGCUCGUACGCCGGGGAGGACGAGCUGGAGGAUCUGGAGGAGGACGAUGACGACGAGGACAUCCUGCUGGCCCCACGGGCAGAGGGCUCUCCGGCGCCCUCUGGCCCGGCCCCGGCGGUGGGAGCCGGGGGUGGCGGGGGUGGCGGAGGGGCCGCGGGAGGUGGCAGCGGGAGCGCGGGCGGCGGCGCCAAGAACCCCCUGGUGAAGCCGCCCUACUCGUACAUCGCGCUGAUCACCAUGGCCAUCCUGCAGAGCCCCAAGAAGCGACUGACGCUGAGCGAGAUCUGCGAGUUCAUCAGCGGCCGCUUCCCCUACUACCGGGAGAAGUUCCCCGCCUGGCAGAACAGCAUCCGCCACAACCUCUCGCUCAACGACUGCUUCGUCAAGAUCCCCCGCGAGCCGGGCAACCCCGGGAAGGGCAACUACUGGACGCUGGACCCCGAGUCCGCCGACAUGUUCGACAACGGCAGCUUCCUGCGCCGGAGGAAGCGCUUCAAGCGACAGCCCCUGCUCCCGCCCAACGCCGCCGCCGAGUCGCUGCUGCUGCGCGGCGCGGGUGGCCGGGGCGGCGCGGGCGACGCGGCGGCAGCUGCCGCGCUCUUCCCGCCGGCGCCGCCGCCGCCCCCGCACGCCUACGGCUACGGCCCCUACGGCUGCGGCUACGGCUUGCAGCUGCCGCCCUACGCACCGCCCUCAGCGCUCUUCGCCGCCGCCGCGGCCGCCGCCGCCGCCGCCGCCUUCCACCCGCACUCACCGCCGCCGCCCCCGCCGCCGCACAGCGCUGCCGCCGAGCUGGCCCGGACCGCUUUCGGCUACCGGCCGCACCCGCUGGGCGCCGCGCUGCCCGGCCCCCUGCAGGCCUCGGCGGCCAAGGCGGGCGGCCCAGGCUCCUUGGCGCUGGCGCGCUCGCCCUUCUCCAUCGAGAGCAUCAUCGGGGGCAGUCUCUGCCCGGCCGCCGCUGCCGCCGCCGCCGCACAGGCUGCCGCAGCCGCGCAGGCCUCGCCCUCGCCCUCGCCCGUGGCGGCACCGCCCGCGCCCGGACCCGGCGGCGGCUGCGGGGCGCAGGCAGCCGUGGGCCCCGCCGCCGCGCUCACUCGCUCCCUCGUGGCCGCCGCGGCCGCCGCAGCCUCCUCCGUCUCCUCGUCGGCCGCCCUGGGGACUCUGCACCAAGGGACUGCCCUGUCCAGUGUCGAGAACUUUACUGCUAGGAUUUCCAAUUGUUAAUAACGCUAUGUUAGCGCGUUUGAGAGAGAAGGUAGGAAUCCCGGCGCCUUUUUUCGUCUUGGUGGUUUGGUGUUUUGUUCGCUCCGCCCAGCGCGGCCCCUCCCGACCUCGCGCCAGCAUUUUCGCCGGUUCAGAUUCUCAGAGGAGACUGUUUGGCAACAGUUAGGGCGCUUUUCUCAGCUCUGCGGGUCCCUGUAUUUAUGCAAAGUCGCCCAAUGCUGCAGCACUGGAUCCGGGAUGGAGAGGAAGGAUGAGGAUGGUGGGGGUCCGACAUGUCUAGGCACAAGGGGUUUCCUUGACAUUUGGGAUAUUAAUAAAAAAAGAAAUCACAAAAUAACUAAGCCUUUUUGAGGUGUAGAGAUUCUCAGGUCCUGGCGUUUAAAAAUCAAUAAUGUUCAAAAGAAGAAUACAAAAGUAGCAAAGGUCCCGAAGAAUGCCAAUGAAGCAAUUAUUUUUUUAUUUGAGGACACUUGUCUAGUGUACUUUUUUAUGAAAAGGAAAAAAUGAUUAACAUGUUUACACAAGGAAAAAAUUCAAAGUUAUUUCUUAUUUUAACCUGUGUUUUGUACAUGCGGAAUUUUUUAUUUUGUACUUACUGCGUAUUCUUUACAAGGAAUAUUGUAAAGUUCUCUGGCAAUUAUUGUACUAUUCUAAUGUAAGAUUUUUACACUUUUUCAAAAAUAAAAUGCUUAAUUUUCAAAGGAAAUCGCCAAAAUAAUUGGCUUCAGUCAUCCCCUUCUUUUCUGUUCAAAAAGUUUCUAUGUAAGUGAAGUAAAAAUCCUAGUAUAGAAUGGACUUAAGUAUUGUUUUCAAAGGGAAUUUACCAAAAGCAUCAUGCUAUGAUUUUUUUCCCGUUUAUACUAAGUCAAAAACAUUGCAGAAUAAUGGAAAUUAUUUUUAAACGGCCGUAAGUAAAAAGUUUUUUGGUAUACAUUUUCGAAUCUGAUUCAGUUUCCAAAAGCGUUGCACUAUUUAAAAUUAAAAGCACACCAAAAUUUAAGAUGAUUUUACAGGAAUUUUUUAAAUUUCAUUUUUGAGCAUCCAUUUCAUUUAAUUUCCACUCACUUUUUAAUACAAUAUUGUAUAUUUCUGUACUUUUGUAGAAAACUACGGCAUAAUACAUACUGUAUUGUAAUGGAAGCAACAGAAGCCAGUAGGCAAUUUUUAUUUUCAAACAUUUAAUAGAGAUGAUCAGCAGUUAAUACUUUUAAAGUCCUGAAUAAGGAAACGUUUGCGUAUAUGAAAGGGAUUGUACUUGAAGUUCUAGCAUUUAAAGUUACUGUUUUCAAAAUGGAAGCGAUGACAGUGAUUGCAUAAAGAAGUUUUGUUUUAAAAGGCAACUUAACAGUGAUGUUUUAGCUUAAUGUGUAACUUAGGGCGUGUAAGAGAAGACUUCAAUUUUAUGAUAGCAUGUACUUGAAGGGAUAAAAAUCCAAAUGCAUCAGGUGUUUACUGACUAAUUAUAUUUAUACUGUUUUGAUGAUUUAAGAUAUCUUUUUCAAAUUAUAACUUUUCAAUAACUGAUUAUUGCAGGCAAUUACUAGUUCACUGAAAAAAGUGAGGCUCUAGUUUUGAUGACUACAGAUGUUAGUGUGGGCUUUAAAUAAAGCCAAAUCAUACGUAAUACAUACUUUACAUGGUUAGUGGGUUGCAGUGAAGGUUAAAUUAGUUUACUCAGCUUCUUUACAAUGUCUGGUCAGGUAUAUACAUGAAGAUUUGCAGAUUUAACCUAGCAUAUUAAUCAGGUCUGCAUUUUAGGCCAAUGUUUUGCAGUGACAUUCACAUUUGACCAUAUGGCCUUUCCUCCUUUUUUGAAGGAGGGAAAAACUGACUUUCACAGUCUCAAAAUGAAAUUAUCCUCCCCCGCUCCCCGAAAAGUUUAGAAGAAGUUGAAUAGUUGUUUAAACACACCCUCAAAUUUACCGCUAAAUAAGUAGAUACAAAUUGAAAUAUUGUAAGACCGAAAAUUUAAUGUGCAGGAGUUACUUUUACCCUAGUCCUGCUAAGAGAGAGGAGACAUU